GAGCCUCUCCUGAAAGAGGGCAGCAAGAUUUGGAACUGCAUCGGAGGUGUGCCUCAAAGUCCAAAAGCAAUGUGGACAGGGAAGCGUAGCCCUGUAGUUGAGCUUCCCUCAGCAGCCUUCCAGUUGUGUGCUUGAUAAGGCUCCUCGAUUCAUAGGACAUGAGAGACGUGCCCGCGUCCUUUUUGAGGCCAAAGACUGAAUCAGCCGGGGUCCAGCUGCAAAGCCAGUCCUGCCCCCCUCUGCCCUUUAACAAUGCUUAGCCUAUUGAUCUCAGAGCACAGCCCCCACCUCGAGUUUGUGGUCCCCUUUAUUGCAGCAGUGGAGCAGCGGUUCCAUGUGCUGAUCGCGCACAUGGUGGCUGCGGAACGGGCAAUGGGGCCUGCUGAUGUGGCUCUCGAUGUGGGGGGUGGGGGCAGGGGGGGAAUGAACCUCUUUGCAACUGCUCUGAGCCCCUUCAAAUGGGCGUUCUUAACGUGGGCAGUCUUGGUUCUGGUUCUUUCUGUAAUAUGGGCUGUAUGUCAGCUGAGCAAGUGGUGGAGGUUUUGGGCCCUGGCCUCGACAAUUCCCGGCCCCCCUGCUGAGUUGUGGAGGGGCAAUCUGAGGGAUCUUCAGGCCGCGGGGGGUUGGGUGCACUACACGGCCUUCAUCCGGGGCCUGCACAAGGAGUACGGGCCUGUGGUGCGCUUCUGGAAGGGCCGCCAGCUUGUGGUGUCGGUCCAUGAGCCCGCCCACGUGAAGCAGGUAUUUGCCCAGGCGACCUCCAACCCUCACGGGGGCAAGCGAAGCGCGCCAUUCUUGCCAGCAGCCAGCAUCUUCUGGGGGGACCUUCGCGAGGUGAAGGCUCGGCGCUCCUGGCUGGCGCAGCACCUGCGCACCAGCUUCCUGGAGCGAGUGCACCCAGUCUCACUGGCGAGCGUGGCCAAAGUGGUGGAGCGGUGGGGCGCUUCACAAGGGGAGGACAUCGACCUCAAGGCUUGUUGCUCGAGCCUGGCGCUGGAGAUCAUUGGCUCCGUUGCUUUUGGAGAGGACACGUGGGCACUGCCGAUAUGCCGCGAAUUUGAGCGACUGUUCGUAUCGACCCCACGAGAGUCUGCCGUGUUUGCCUCCCACGUGGUCGACCCCUGGUGGGACGCGCGCUACCGGGCGUUGCGCCGCGACUGCCGCCGACUGACCGAGAUCGCAGAGGAACUGCUCCAAACGAAAGAGGCGGCGUUACGAGCACCGGCGAUUGGGACGGGGGCCCCUGACCUGAGCAGUGACUUUCUGGGGUCCCUGCUGAGUGCGAAGGACAGGACGAGCGGGGAACUGCUCUACACACGCGAGCAGGCGAAGGCCCAGGUGGUGGGAACCAUGUUUGCAGGCAACCACACGACGGGCACGUCCCUCAUGUGGAUCCUGCUGCGCCUCGCGCAGUACCCGGCCGUGCAGGCCAAAGUGUACGCCGAGAUCGCGCACUGCUGCACGAGCAGCCCCCCCUCCGAGGCGGACGUCCGUCGCCUGCAGUACUUGCCCGCGGUCAUCCACGAGUCCCUUCGGCUGGCGCCUGUUAACGUGACCAAGUCGCGCGUCAGCAGCGCGCGCGACCUGGUCGUGGGGGGCCACGUCAUCCCCCGGGGAACCGCAAUUGCGGCGCCCGUGGAGAGCCUCAACCGGGACCCGGCGGCCUGGGGCUGCGACGCCGACGAGUUUCGUCCCGAGCGCUUCUUGAGGAAAAGCGCGCCCGAGCCCCGACUUUUUGAGACAAAUUCUGCACAGGUGACCGGGUCAUCUGGGGGAUGUCCCUUCUCGAGCAUGGCGUGCGCACAAGUGGCCGACUGUCCGGUUAUGGGUUCCUCCGGGGGGGAUCCCUCGGCGGACGCGAGUUUCAUCGACCCGGGUUCGUCGCCCUCGUUCAUGACCUUUGGGCGGGGCGCACGCGCGUGCUUGGGGCGCGCCUUCUCCAUCGUCGAGCAGAAGGUGGUGAUUGCGACGCUCGUGCAGCGCUUCGAGCUGCGGCUGGCGCGCAGCCAGGCAGACGGCCGGUUCUCGCACGCACUGGACAAUCUGCUGAUACAACCCAGCCCGAGCCCGCUGCUCCGUGUUUCGAUCAGAAACGGUCACUAG